CUUCUCUCUCCUUUAGCACAGCCGGCCUCGGGUGCAGGGACUGCUUCAUUUUUGUCUUUCUGCCCUUGACCGGCCAGGGCCUGGUAUUUCUGUUAUGAGACCAUCAGUGGGUGUUCAAAAUGGGAGAUAUUCUAGCAUCUGAAGCUGAAUUGCUUGGACUGGUGAAAGAGUAUUUAGACUUUGCUGAACUUGAAGACACUGUGAAGACGUUUUUAAAGGAGUGCAGAAGUAAAGGGAAACCAUUGUGCAAAACCCCAUCUGGCUCUUUGAGAGACUCGAAAACGCUGAUUAUCCAGAAAGAUCUAAUUACUGCAUUUGAUAAUGGGGACCAGAAAGGCUUCUUGGACUUAUGGGAGGAGCACAUCCCGACCUCUGUCCGAGAAGAGGCUGUUGCCCAGAAGCUGGAAUUCUAUCUCCACAUCCACUUUGCCAUCUUCCCGCUGAAGUGUACCCCCGGAAAACCGGACAAAGCGGAAUUUGAUGAGAGGAUUUCUGGCUUCAAAGCCUACCUGGAGACCAAAGGUGCAGCGCUGAGCCAGACCACAGAGUUUCUUCCAUUUUAUGCCCUUCCCUUUGUUCCCAACCCCAUGGUGCAUCCUUCCUUUAAGGAACUCUUCCAGGAUUCCUGGACUCCAGAGUUAAAGAUGAGGUUGGAAGCGUUCCUGUCGUCCACUCUCAAAGCCAGUAACACUCCGAGGCUUUUCACUCUCUAUAAGGAAAAUGGACAGAGCAACAAAGAAAUGCUGCAGCAGCUGCAUCAGCAGCUGGUGGAAGCUGAACGAAGGACAAUGACCUACCUUAAGCGCUACAACAAAAUCCAGGCUGACUACCACAACCUCAUCGGGGUCACGGCCGAGUUAGUGGAUUCUCUAGAGGCCACCGUGAAUGGCAAAAUGAUCACGCCAGAGUAUCUGCAGAGUGUUUGCAUUCGUCUCUUCAGCAACCAAAUGAGGCAAAGCUUAGCCCACAGCAUUGACUUCACAAGACCAGGAACGGCUUCCACCAUGUUGAGAGCCUCCUUGGCACCUGUGAAGCUAAAGGAAAUCCCGUUGCUGCCAUCCCUGGACUACGAGAAACUGAAGAAAGAUCUGACCUUUGGGAAUGACCGAUUGAAGGCCUUUCUGCUGCAGGCUCUGCGCUGGCGUCUGACUACGUCUCAUCCUGGGGAACAAAGGGAGACCGUGUUACAGGCCUAUAUCAGCAAUGACCUGCUGGACUGUCAGAGCAGCAACCAGAGAAAUGUGCUCCAGCUUCUGCAUUCCAAGAGUGAUGUAGUCCGCCAGUACAUGGCCCGGCUCAUCAAUGCCUUCGCGUCCCUCUCAGAAGGUCGCCUCUACCUCUCCCAGAACACCAAGUUGCUGAGGAUGCUGGAGGAGAGACUGAAAGAUGAAGACAAGGACCUGCUCACCCGGGAGAAUGUGCUUGGAGCCCUGCAGAAAUUCAGCCUCAGGCGUGCACUGCAGUCUACCAUGAUCCAGGACGGCCUCAUCUUCUGGCUCAUCGAAGUGCUCAAGGAUCCGGACUGCCUGUCUGACUACACUCUCGAGUACUCCGUCGCCUUGCUCAUGAACCUCUGCCUCCGCAGUGCAGGUAAGAACAUGUGCGCUAAGGUGGCUGGCCUCGUGCUCAAAGUCCUGUCAGAUCUGCUCGGCCAUGAGAACCACGAGAUACAACCAUAUGUGAAUGGUGCCUUGUACAGCAUUCUUUCCAUACCAUCCAUUCGGGAGGAAGCAAGAGCCAUGGGAAUGGAAGAAAUCCUGCGAUGUUUCAUCAAGGAAGGCAAUGCUGAAAUGAUACGCCAGAUUGAAUUUAUUAUCAAGCAACUCAAUUCAGAAGACCCGCUGGACACGAUUCUCGAGUCUGAUGAUGAAGAGGAGGAAGAUGAUGAAGAGGACCAGGAUACCAUGGAGUCUGAUCUGGACAAGGAUGAAGUGAUCCAGCCCCAGCUCGGGGAGCUCUCUGGGGAAAAGCUGCUGACCUCCGAGUACCUGGGAAUAAUGACCAACUCGGGCAAAGCCAGACGGAGAGCGCUUGCCAGCGGCGUCCAGCAGAGCGUCGAUGAGCCCCUGCAGAGGCCUGUCACGCCUGGGUAUCAUAAGAAUGCACACCCCAUGCUGGAAAAUGAUUUCAUUUCUCCUUGUGCAGCCGGCCCCACGCGAGGCAGCCUGCUCCAGGCCCAGCCGGGCCCUCGGCCCCCUACCCGCAGUGGAAGCCGGUCCAGCACCUCUUAUGCAUCCUUCAGCACAGAACCUUACAAGCUGUUUGCCUUGGUCCAGCGGGAAGGUCAGCGCAUCCUGUCAGCCGAUGAGCCAGUCCAGGCCCUGGAGCCAGCCCAAGGCCAAACAGACCAACAGCCCAACAGAGAAUUCAGCGCAGCCUUCAGCAGCAAGCCCCGGAUCCCUCGCACCCCCGAGAUGCGCGGCCUGAGUCCUCGGAAGACCAAGACCCCAGCCAUUGCCCCUCAGUUUUCCCCUUCGGGGCCCCAGCAGACCGGCCGCCCCAGCUCCACAGGCUCCUCCAUGAGGAGCAGGCAAAGCAGCCAGUCUUACAGGAAGUGAGGACAGGUCCUGUCCUCGGGCAUCGAUCGGCAUCCACACAGUAGGAGAGACCAGCCAGCUUCCUGGACCGAGACAAGCGGCAGCUGCCAUUGUCUGGUGUGGAGCAGGGGUCUCGGGGCCUCUCCCGGGCCUUCAUGGAGACUCGGUAUCAGAGGCUGCCAAGUAGUGCCAGUCCCUCCCACCCCCCCCCACACAUACACAAUAGACCCCACUCUUGGUUCAUUGUCACUCCCAUCUCGGCCUCCCGGAUUGAGCUUCAGGAAUCCUGAGAUGAUGCUUGGCUGCGGCCCCACAGCUGACUCCCCGGGCCUGGGGUCCAUCUGCUUUUCCUACAAGGCCACGGCUGCUCCAGGACUGUCCCCGUCAGGCUUUGGACACUGCAGACACAACGAUCCAGGGCUUGGCUCUGGAGAUCUUUUUUAAAGACUUCACUCUCACCUCUGAAUCAGCCAUAGGAGGUGGCAGGGAGGGUGGGCACGCACCAAGACCAUCACAGUGAAAGUAAGUGGGAAAUAAAAUGAUCCCAGAAAAACAGUGAGCAAGAUUCCCCUCCUAUAGGAGACAGGUGGGGGACUGCUGGGGCAGAGUAUUAGCUACAUUAUCCAGAGUCGGGCUUGGCCUUUAUGACAAGAGAGGGUUUGGUGGGGGGAGGGAGCAGGGGCGGGAAGGCACAUCCACUAAUGACUGUUGAAAAACCAAAAGGCAUUAAUAAAGUUCAUUUGAAAAGGAAAGC